AUGGUUGAAAAUGGAUGUAGUUUAUUAAUUAGAAAUUUAAGUUUUGAAACAAGCCCCGAAAAAGUAAGAAAAGUUUUUGAGAAUUUUGGAAAAAUUCGUGAUGUCUAUUUACCUUUAGAUCAUUAUACUAGAAGACCUAGAGGUUUUGGAUUCGUUGAAUAUUAUGAUCCUAAAUAUGCGAAAGAGGCUUUAAAUACUUUAAAUAAUUCUAAAAUAGAUGGAAAAGAAAUUAAAAUUAUUAUAGCUCAAAACAGGAGGAAAUCUCCUGAUACCAUGAAAAUGUACCAUUAUAAUGCUUAUGAGUCGAGAUAUAGAAAAGGGGUAAGGUAUAAUAGCAGCAGAAAAAGGUAUAAAAGUAGAUAUAGAUCGAUGGAAAGAUAUAGGUACAAAAAUAAAAGGGGUAGGAGCAGAAGUGGAAGUAGAAGUGGAAGUAGAAGUGGAAGUAGAAGUGGAAGUAGAAGCGGAAGUAGAAGUGGAAGUAGAAGCAGAAGUAGAAGUGGAAGUAGAAGUCUAGGUUUACAGAAGUACAAAAAGGAGAAAAAUAACAGACGUUAUGCAAAAUAUUCUAGAAGUGCUUCUAGCUGUUGCUCCACGUCUUCUGAUUAUUCCUCCUAUAGAGAUAGUAAAAGUGGAAGUAGGACCAAAAGUACUAUUAGAAGUGACAGUAGUAGCAACAGUAGAAGUGGCAGUACCCGUAGAAGGAGCAGCCGAAGCAGCGGAAGCGAUUAUGAUUAUAGCAAAAGAAAAAAUAAAAACGAGAACCCAAAAAAGGAAGAAAAAGAUGGCGUAAAAGUUGGAGCGAAUGAUGGAACGAAUGACGUAGCGAAUGAUGGAUCGAAUGAUGGAUCGAAUGAUGGAUCGAAUGAUGGAACUAAUAACGGAUCGAAUGAUGGAACUAAUAACGGAUCGAAUGACAGAGCUAGUGACAAAUUAGGAAAGGGAGGAAAGAAGAGUAUAAAAAAGUGUGCAAAUAAGGGGUACUCAUCAUGCAAAAGCAGAAAAAUAUAUGUGGGGAAGCGUAAUCGGAGCUCUAUGAAAAGAAAGAGAAGUUAUUCAGUAGAGGAUGUGUCUUAUGAGGGAAUCUCAUCUAAAAGUUUUGCAAGCAGUGGACAGGAUAAAGAAGAGAAAAGAAUUAAGUCUAGUAAAUAUAGCCGUGAACAUAGUAAAAGUGCAAGCAGUAUUAGAAGUAUUUUGAACGAAACAUAUGACGACAUAGAUAAGAAAGAAAGUAAUAAUAGUUACAGUAGCAAAAGCGCGUAUUUAAUAGAUGAUCAUUUUGACAAAAAUGCAAAGGAUAAAAAUGUAAAAGAUAAAAAAAGUUGUUGGCUUAGUUCCUGUUCAAAGGAAAAAUGUUCUGAGGGAGGAACGCUUAUAGAAUAUGUUUUUAAGGAAGGAAAAACACAUAUAAAAAAAGCAAAAAAAGAAGUAAAGAAUAAUAUUUUGCAAAACUUUCCAUGUAGUAAGUUGAAGUACAAGGGUAAUGAACAGAGUGAGGGCUCCUCUUCAGAAAAAAGUUUUGAUGAGCAUGAAAAUUCUUUAAAGGAAGGAUUGAACAAACAGAAAAGUAAAGAAUGCCAUAAUAAAAAAGAAAAAAGUGAGAAACGUAAAAACGCUUCUACUCGACUUGUUAUGGAUGGAAGAAAGCAAAAAAGUGCAAGUAUAUCACGUACUGCACGCGGAGAAUGCGGAGCAGAUUGUGUAAUGAACAGUAAUACUAACAGUAAUGCUAACAGUAAUGCUAACAGUAAUGCUAACAGUAAUGCUAACAGUAAUGCUAACAGUAAUGCUAACAGUAAUGCUAACAGUAAUGCUAACAGUAAUGCUAACAGUAAUGCUAACAGUAAUGCUAACAGAGAUGUCAACAGAGAUGUCAACAAUGAAGCUAAUAGAACUGAUAAUAGCAUUGCGAAUAGUGCUGCCAGAGCCUCCAACUAUGAUGUUGGCAAAGAUGAGCAGGGGAAAAAGCCUGUGUCUGACUUGUUACAGUCAAGUAACAUUUCAAAUUCAACCAAAAUUUUAGAAUCACAUUUUUCUUAUUUAUGUAAUAAAUACAUUGAUGGGGAUUCUAAAAAAGAUAAUAAUGAAAAUAGAACUAAUAGCGAAUGUAAGGAAUUAGAUGCAACUACUAUUGAGGGGAAAAUUCCACGUAAUUUAAUUAUGAGUGACAAGAUGAAAAUAUUAAAGCAGGGGGGAGAUGAAGAACUAUUGAAUACUCAAAUUGAAGAUGACUGUGUUUCGGAGCAUGUAGUAAAAGAAAAGUACAAUGAACAUAUAAAUGUUUCUUCUUCGAAUAUGAAAAAUAAAAUGGAUCAUAUGAGUACAAGUGAAAAUCGAUGUAGGGAUGACACGACAAACAAUAGUAGUGAACAUUGCACCUAUGAAAGUUUCAAGGAAAAAAAAAGAAAAGAAAAAGAUUUUUCCUUAAAGGAUAGGAUAAUAUCAAAGGGGAAAGAAUCAGCGAGUUUCGGUCGUAGAGGGAAAGCAGGUGGUAGUGGAAAAAGUAGUGGUAGCGGUAGGAGUGAUAGUGGAAAAAGUAGUGGUAGCGGUAGGAGUGAUAGUGGAAAAAGUAGUGGUAGCGGUAGGAGUGAUAGUGGAAAAAAUAGUGGUAGCGGUAGGAGUGAUAGUGAAAACAGUAGUGGUAGCGGUAGGAGUGAUAGUGGAAGCAUUAGUGAUCGAAGCAGUGAUAGUGGAAGUAUUGGCGGUCGAAGGAGUGAUCGUGGAAGGAACAUGUCGUGCCGCUCAAGAAAUACCAGUUCAGGGUACAAAAAGAAAUAUAGGCAAAACUAUUUACAUAAAAAAAAGAAGAAAAAACGAAUUAAUGAAAGUUUAUCAAAUGGAAACAUGGAUUAUCGAAAAACGUCUGAUUAUAAGGAAGAAAUGAGUGAUAAACACACUAGCAAAAAUUACAGAAAAUUAUUGCAAGGGAAGAGAAAAAGGGAGAUAAGUAAAAAUUGCUCAAAAAUUAAGGAAAGUAAAAGUUACUCCUAUUUUAAAAGUGAAAGCACAAAUGAUGAUGAAGGGUAUAAUAGGUGUAGAGACAGAAGUAGACGAGGAAGUAAUAGUGAUAGGGAAGAAGGUAGCCGGAAAAGAAGAAAAAUAGGGGACGAAAAUGCAGAAACUAAGAGAGUAAGACACAAGGGUAUGAGAACAUGUAACAAAGAGGAUACUUAUUCAAAACAAAAGAAAAAAAAGAAUUCUCCUAGUAGUGCCAGCAGUGCUCGAAAUGGUAGUAGUGCUAGAAGUAGCAGUAGUACAAGUGAAGUGAGUUAUAAAAGUAAAAGCAUUUAUGAGGAUUCAUACGAACUAUCAGAUGAUAAAGAUUAUAGUUUAGAAGAAAAAAAAGGAAACAAAAAAAAAAGCAAUACAAAAAAAGGAAAAACAAAAGGUACUUUUAAAUAUUCUGAGGAAUCAUACGAACUGAGACAUCAUUCUAAACAUCAUAAUAAUAAAAUAAAAUAUAAAGCAAUAAAUAAAAACAAAAAAUUAAAAAAAAGAAACGUAUAUAAUAAUUCUUACGAAAAAUCAACAUACAGUAAAAGUAAGAGUUAUUGCUCUGUCGAAUUAUCAUCAACUAACAGUACAAAAAGUAACUAUAGCAAUUCAUCAAAAAGGAUGAGUAAUAUAAAAUAUUAUAAGAGAUGCGGGAAUACAAUCAAACACAAACAUGUAAGAAAUAGGAAGAAUAGAAGACUCGAUAAAUCUGGAAGUUCAUCUAUCAGUUAUGGAAUAUCCCCAGUGGAUAGAAGUAACAGUUGA